AUGAAUUUUACUUAAAUCAAUUUCCAAGAGGUUUUUCUGAGACUAAUUACAAUAUUAGAAGAGAACCUGCAGAAUUUAAAGACAACACUAAUGAAGCUUCUAAUAUACAAAUAAUUCAGCAGCAACAAAAAGAAAAAUCAUUUACUAAAAGAAGAUUUGGGGAUAAUAAUACUUUGCAAAAUGAAUCAAACAACAACUGGCAAGGUUAUGAAAUUGAUCUUUUGAUUCAAUAUAUUUCUGACAAUUUUAAUGAAUAUAAAAAGGGUAAUAAAACCAAGUUAUUCAAUGAAAUGUCUGCAAAUUUAUUGAAAAACAAAGAACCUGCUGCUAUCAAAAGCAAAUUAUCAAGGAUGAUUAAAACUUAUAGUGAAGUCAAGAAACACAAUGAACAAACUGGUGUAGAAAGAAAAGAUUGGGAAUGGUUUGAUAAAAUGGACUGCAUAUUUGGUAUCCGCGAAAAUAUUUCACCUUCUUUCAUUACAAAUAGAUUUACUGAUACUGAAAAUGAAGAACCUUUAAAUAAUGAAUCCAAACCUGUCAAGAAAUUGAAGAAAAAUAAUGUAGAUGCUAUUGCUACUGCCAUCACUAUGAUGAGUGAAACUAGAGAAAGAGUAUGGGAUAAAAAAAUUGAAUUAGAAAAAGAGAAAAUGGCUAUUGAAUUAAACAAAUUAGAG